AUGCAUCAAACAAAUAUCACUCAACUAAAACAUAAUGAGAAACAUGCUGAAAACCUUGUGGUUUGUGUUCUUCCUUCUAACCGUAAAGACAAGUAUGAUGCCAUCAAAAAAUACAUGUGCAUUGAUCGCCCUACUCCAAGUCAGUGUGUUGUUGCAAGAACUUUGAGUAAACCACAGGGUCUGAUGAGUAUUGCCACAAAGAUCGCAUUACAGAUUAACUGCAAAAUGGGAGGAGAGCUAUGGAGUGUUGAAAUCCCUCUGAAGCAGUUGAUGGUAGUUGGUAUUGAUUGCUACCAUGACACUACAGCUGGAAGAAGGUCAAUUGCUGGAUUUGUUGCAAGUCUGAACCAGGGAAUGACUCGGUGGUUUUCACGUUGUGUUUUUCAAAGUCGUGGGCAGGAACUUGUUGACGGCUUGAAAGUCUGCUUGCAAGCUGCUUUAAAAGCUUGGUACUCUGUCAACAAACAGCUUCCUUCCCGUAUUGUUGUUUAUCGUGAUGGUGUAGGAGAUGGACAGCUAAACACAGUUGUUAACUAUGAGGUGCCACAACUAAUGGAUUGCUUGAAAUCUGUUGGUACUGACUACAAUCCUCGAUUAUCUGUAAUUGUAGUAAAGAAGCGUGUUAGUACAAGGUUCUUCGCACACAGUGGAGGAAGACUGCAGAACCCACCACCUGGUACAGUUAUUGAUGUUGAAGUCACAAGACCUGAAUGGUACGACUUUUUUAUUGUUAGUCAGUCUGUACGUGUAGGGACUGUUACACCAACUCACUACAAUGUUGUGUAUGACAGUAGUGCAUUGAAACCAGACCACAUGCAGCGUUUAACAUACAAGCUGUGCCACAUGUACUACAACUGGCCAGGUAUUAUUCGUGUACCAGCACCGUGCCAGUAUGCCCAUAAACUGGCUUUCUUGGUUGGACAGAGCAUCCAUAAGGAGCCGAAUUUGAAACUUGCAGACAAGUUAUACUACCUUUGAAAUGAGGUAUAACACAACACUACUGCUUCUGAAAGUUCUGCUGUCUCUACAGGUGUAACAAAAGAAAAUAAGUUAAGAUGCUCUGAAAUACACUUGUUUUCACAGAAAAUGUUGUAAGGUUAUAUUCCAAAAGUAUGUUUACUUCAGUGAAAUCUAAAUGGAGAAAAUUUUGUAACUUGUAUACUUGAUAAUUUUGAAGCUGUACAUUGAAAGUUCAGUAGCUUUCAUAAUUUACCUUUAGAUAAUUGCAGGUUUGUGUGUAAGAAGUAUUGUGUGAAAAUACCAUUAGUCAUUUGAGUCAGUGUUUGCAAUUAUGUAGCCUGAAAAGCUGUCUAUACAAUAUUUUUCCAUUAUUAGAGUGGUCAGAUAGUAUUAAAUGUGGCACAGUACUGCAGUGUGAGGAUUGACUCCUGGUUAACUGGUGCUGCUGCUUUAAAGUCAUAUUAACUGCAGACUGAAUUGCAGAAGUCAUGCUGUGAUGGAUAUUUUUUUUGUUACCUGAAGUUGCCCAACCUGUAUGGUGAUACACAGACUAAAAGUAAUUUCAUGUUCCAGUACUUGUUUGUAGGGCAGUUUGGUUUACCUGACUAGCCCUGAUUUUACAAUUCCUGAGUUCAGAUGUAAACAUAUUGUGUACCUAACCUAUAAGAAUGGAGAAUUUGAUGAACACCAUGACUUUUUAAAGAAUCUGAAUUCAUUUGCAGAAGUUAACUAAAUGGUGGUAGUUUCUGUGAUGCUCUAAAAAAAGUUACAUUGUGCUUCUUGGCUUUUAACUUUCAAGUUUCUGCCUUGAGGACUGUAACACCACAGAGCAUGUGUGUUUAACUCUCAUUCUACAUGCACAUGAGCAUGUGCUCACACGUGUGUGUAUAUAUGUAAUGUGUGUCUGUGUACAUAUAUUAUGCAAACAGAUGGGAGAGGUAGAGACAGAAUCACCAGCUACUGGCAGCAUGAUGAAUAUGCAAAGUUCAGGCUUCUGUGAAACAAACUGCUAAUAGCUGUGGGGUGAGUGUUUUGUGUACUUGCCUUUUAUGCCAUCAGUAUUGCACAUCACUGUAUUUUUUUUAAUGUAAAUGUCAUUUGAAAAAUACUUUGCUUAAUGGAUCAUGACUGUAUUAUGCCUGACAGAAGGCAACUACUCAUAUUCAUUUUUUUAUUGUAUUUUGCACCUAGGUUUUGAAAAUGUGUGCUUACUUUAUUUGCUGUCUUUAGUAGUGUAAGAUGCAAAGCUGAACACUUUUUAUAAAAGUGGGUAUGAAGUGUGACUUUGCAUAAUCAUUUAAGUUUUUCUGUUUAUCAUUUAAUUUUUACUGCGAGUAAUGUAUUUAAAUAUUUUGUUUAUGACUGAAUUUCAUCCAUCUUGUUUCCAGCUGCAUCUGGACCAAACCUUAGAAAAUAAGCUUCAGUAAAGCAACAUUUAGGCAAGUGUAAUAUGUUUUUGGUGGUUGUGGAAAGUGUUAACUAAAUAAAAACUAAAGUAAUAGAACAA